AUGGCGGACUUGCUGAGCCAAUUUCCCAGCCUCCCGCCAGACGUCCAGCAGCAAAUCCUCAACGGCCCGGCUAUGACUCCACCCCAAGGCGUUGUGCCAAAUUUCGACCAUCCUCCCAACAGCACCGGUGUCGGUAUUGCAUUCGGCGUCCUCUGCGCCAUUGUUGCUAUCGUCUGCUUCUUUUUCCGAGUCUAUUGCCAGACUCGGGUGGAAAAGAGGUGGCACACCGAAGAUUACUUUGGAUUACUUGCAUUUAUAUCAUACCUUGGUGCAAUAAUCAGCUUCUUCGUCUUCAUAUACUAUGGUGGAUUUCUGGUUCAUCAGUGGAAUAUCCGGUUUAGGACAUUCCAAAAGGUUCUUGAAAACUCCCUAGCUAUAACGUUUUCCUAUAUUCUGUUGAUGUUGUUUGCUAAAGUCGGCAUCCUUCUUGAAUGGGAUCGCAUAUUUAACCCUGCUAGCGAACGCAAUGGUUUCUUCUGGGCGAGUCAUACGAUUUUAGCCCUCAAUGUUCUCCUCUACAUCAGCAUUCUCAUCGCCGAAGCACUCUCCUGCCGUCCAGCGAGAUACUUGUGGCAGCCUUGGGUCGCAGGAGUCUGCUUCAACAAAAGAGCUCUGGAUCUUGCGUCUGCCUACUUCAACCUUGUAGCUGAUGUUCUGAUUCUCCUUCUACCCCAACGCAUCAUCUGGUCGUUGCAAAUGUCGAAGCAAAAAAAGUUAAAAGUAUCUCUCAUCUUCUCCGCCGGUAUUAUAACCUGUCUUUGUGCUGUCUUCAGAAUCGUCGUCAUCCACCCACUUAAAUAUGCUGGCGAUGGGGACACAAAUUAUCUUACCUCGAGGGUGUACAUUCUGACCAUUGCGGAGUCGACGUUUGUCAUUCUUGUCUUCUGCAUGCCAGCGCUUCCAAAGGGAUUUGUUGAAAGCGCAAUCGGACGGGGCAUCAUAUUUUCUCUCCAUUCACUGGCUUCCAUGACAAGAAGAAGCAACACGUCCUGGGCAGAGAGUUCGCAUCGAGGGACGAGGACGAAGGGCUUCGCUGGCAUCGACAGCACUUCGGAUCUGCACAUGCAUGAUGUAGAGAACAACGUGUGGUCGGUCAGCUCUCAUCCCGGAGAGCGCCAAGGUCCCUGGUUAGCCAAGAUCACCGAUGCCUAUAGCGCCUUUUUUGCGUAUAACAAAACACUUCAUUGGCAAGCGUACGCGCUCUCACGCGAGUAUGGCGACGUCUACCAGAUUGGGCCCAAUAAGCUCAUUUUCAAUACUGCGACUGCUGUCAAAGAUAUUUAUUUGAAUCCGCGCGUCGCAAAAGGCGAGCCAUACAAUCAUGGAAUGUUUGCGGCGAAAAACCGCAACUUGAUCAUGACGACCGAUCGAGUCGACCAUAAAAGAAAGCUCAAAGUAAUUGCCACCGUUCUCAAUGAGAGAUCUAUGCGUAUCUUUCAGCCGAAAAUGGUAGAUCGGAUAAACGAGUUCCUUCGCAAGAUUCGCACCAGCACGACUUCGUCGUCUUCCUCUCCCGACGUAUCUUCCUCCCCAGUCAACGUCUUGGAUCUGGCCACCUACAUGACGACAGACAUUGCGGCGGAUCUUGCAUUUGGCCAUCCACUCAACACCCAAAGCAAUCCCGCCAACCGCUUCUUCCCCAGAACCCUCAAGGAAUGGAGCUGGCGCAUCAACUUCAUGAUGCAGUUCCCCCCGCUGCGUUACUACAACCUGUUGAUGUUGGCCCUCAAAUACAAGCAGACCGCGCAGACGGGCAAGGCGGUUCGCGAAAUUGUGCGCACCAGAGAAGCCAUGGAUAGAUAUGCGUUUCACGAUUUUUAUUCCAUCGUCAUUGACGAAAUCAAAACGGGCGAUUCAUUCUUGCAGAGCGAAAUGUGGCCGCACGCAACCAGCUUCCUGGCCGCUGGUGGCCUGACAACCGCCGCCACCAUCGCUGGCACCCUUUUUUAUCUAUCCAGGUAUCCUGAUUGCUAUCAGCGCGCCGCCAGAGAAGUCCGUCAGGCGUUUUCGUCGGCCGAUGAGAUUGUGCCCGGCCCCAAGCUGGCCGAGUGCAGCUACCUGCGUGCCUGCAUUGACGAGACUUUGCGCAUGUCACCCCCCAUCACCACUAUCUUCUGGCGCCAGCUCGAUCCUCUCGACACAGCCGGCGAGCCCUUCACAGUAGACGGCCACAUCAUACCGCCGGGCACGCAGGUGGCCAUCAGCAUCUACGCUCUGUCGCACAACGAAGACAUUUAUCCAAACUCGUGGGUCUACAAGCCCGAGCGGUUCCUCGAGCACCAUGGAGAUGGCGAUGACGAGCUCAAGGCAUCACAGGAAGCGGUCCGCAUGGCGCAUAUCCCCUUUGUCACGGGCGACAGGACUUGUCCCGGCAAAACCAUGGCGUGGAUCGAAAUGUCCAUGGCGCUUGCGCGUUUAUUUUGGUACUUUGACUUUGAAGCUGCCCCUGGCGAGCUCGGCCAAGUCGGCCAGAUUUUGCGGCCAGGUCUGGACGGAAAGCCAACGGCGCCAGAGUAUCGGACGGAGGAUUGGUAUGCGGCGGAGCAUGAGGGGCCAUAUUUAGUCUUUCGACAGCGCGACAACUUGGCGGAUGACCUGCUGCGGAAUAGUGGAAGCAGAUGA